UCCUUCAUUCCGUUUCGGAUCACUAUAGAGAAACAGAGAAGAAAACAGCAAAGAACAGAGAAGGGAAGAACAAAGAAGAGAAGUGAAGAACAAAGAAAGAGAGAGAUAAGUUAGAAGGGAAGAAAGAUCGUGACUCUUGAUCGAGGGUAGCGACGCCGAACGCAGAAGGGGAGUCGCUGAGUGGAAGGCUCCAUCUGUUUCUAUCGUCCCUAUUGACUAGCCUUGGAGGAGUUUCAGGCAAAUUCAAGAUUUAGAGAUGGCAUCGAGAACCCUUGUUCCACAGCAACCGAGAGGUGCGGUAGUUAAUGGGAUAGGUAAGCAGAAGAAUGCUGGAGUGGAUAGGAAGAAAAGGCGAGCGCUUGGAGAUAUUGGAAACGUGGUGGUUACUAAUCAGGGCGUGGAAGGGAAGCCACUGCAGCAACAGUUGAAUCGUCCUGUGACAAGAAGUUUCUGUGCACAGUUACUUGCUAAUGCACAAGCAGCAGGAGAGAAUAAGAAACUAGCUGCAGUGGUUGUUGAUGGGGUAUUAGUUCUUGAUGAGCCUCAGGCUCAAAGAGGGAGAGCAGCAAAGGCUAAUAAUGUACAAGCAGCAGGAGAGAAAAAGAAGCUAGAUGCAGUGGUUAUUGAUGGUGUACUAGUUCUUGAUGAGCAUCGGGCUCAAGGAGGGAGAGCAGAAAAGGCAGCUCCCCUGAAAGUUGCAGUGAAGCCGGUACCUGAUACGGUAAUCGAGAGUAGCUCUGGUACCGAAGAGGAGAACAAAUUGCAGAAUCCUGUAAACCUGAGAAAAUCAAAGGAAGUGGAAGGGUCAUUGAAGAAGAAAGCCCAGACACUGACAGCAGUCCUUACAGCUCGGAGCAAGGCUGCUUGUGGGUUACCUAAUAAAUCAAAGGAUCCAAUUUAUGACAUUGAUGCUGCGGAUGGUCAUGAUCAGUUGGCAGUUGUUGAAUACAUUGAAGACAUUUACCAGUUUUAUAAGCUCAAUGAAAGUCAAUUUCCCGACUACAUGGGCUCACAGCCUGACAUAAAUAAUAGGAUGAGAGAGAUUCUGGUAGACUGGUUAAUAGAAGUUCACCACAAGUUUGAACUGAGGCCUGAGACCCUGUAUCUCACAUUGUACAUUGUUGAUCAAUUCCUUUCCAUGGAGUCUGUCAUAAGGAGGGAAUUGCAGCUUGUGGGCAUAGUUUCCAUGCUCAUAGCUAGCAAAUACGAGGAGAUUUGGGCUCCAGAGGUUAACGACUUUAUUUGCAUUUCAGACAAAGCAUAUACCAGAGAACAAGUAUUGGUUAUGGAGAAGAAAAUAUUGGGAAGACUUCAAUGGAGCUUAACUGUUCCUACACCUUAUGUCUUUCUGGUCCGUUUUCUCAAGGCUGCCGGGUCUGAUCAAGAGAUGGAGAACUUGGUGUUCUUUUUAGCCGAACUCGGAAUGAUGCGCUACGCCACAAUCUUGCACUGUCCAUCGUUAAUAGCAGCUUCGGUAGUAUAUGUUGCAAGGUGUACUCUGAAAAAAACACCACUUUGGACCGAAAGACUUGAGGUCCACACAGGCUACACUGAAGCACAGUUGAUGGACUGUGCAAAGCUAUUGGUUGGCUUCCAUCUUGUGGCAGCAGAGAGCAAGCUGAAAGUGGUUUAUAGGAAAUACUCGAAUCCACAAAGGGGUUCUGUUGCUCUGCUUCCUCCAGCUAAGUUUCUCCUGAAUCCACAACAGGGUGCCUGCUAGACAAUCGGACUUAAGUCUUUUCUCCAAAAUGUCUCUUUUUGGGACUGUGUCACAACAACCACCUCUGUCCUAGUAUUUUUUUUUGACUGGGAGGAAGAGUUGGGCAUGCCGCUAGCUUUCCUGGAGCUACGUUUUGGGGGGGGGGGGGGGGGAGAGAGAGAGGAGGGGGACUUUUGGAAGGAGGAGAGAGGAGGAAAGGGGAGAGACUUACUCAGUGCUUCUUCUUUUCCUUUUUUCAUUUUUCUUUCUCCCUUGUGACCAAUCGCAUUCUAUAUGUUUUUUGGUUGUAAUCUGAUUGAUACUCUGAUUUGUUUAGUUAUCGAACAAAUAAUAGAUUGAUGAGAAUUUCUUUUCUUUUA